AGAGAGAAGAGAGAGAGAGAGAAUGUGUCAAAAAUCCAAAGCUACGAAAAUGGUAGAGAUUUCUGGAACCAUCUUCCAUUUUCGAACUCUCCAGACUCUCUUUCUCGCUAUAAAUACACUAAAGCUUCAAUCUUUCCUAACUUGUCAUACAAAUACAAUACAACCCAUUUGAUCUCUCUCUUUCUACAAACCAUUUCAUCUUUCUUUCGAUUCUCAUUUUGAUUGAUUUCAUCAGUUUUGUAAGCGAACAUGGCAGAUGACUUUGAUUUCUCAGCUGCUGGAAAUGUGAAUGAGGAUAUGGAAAUGGAUGUCAAUGAGGAAGACGACGCAAUCAGCCCAAUUCUCAAGGUUGGUGAAGAGAAAGAGAUUGGGAGUAAAGGUUUGAAGAAGAAGCUUGUUAAGGAAGGUCAUGGUUGGGAAACUCCUAGCUCUGGCGAUGAAGUUGAAGUUCAUUACACUGGGACUUUGCUUGAUGGGACCAAGUUCGAUUCCAGUCGUGAUAGAGGGACUCCAUUCAAGUUUAAGCUUGGCCAAGGACAAGUGAUCAAGGGAUGGGAUGAAGGAAUUGAAACCAUGAAGAAGGGUGAAAAUGCUGUAUUCACCAUACCUCCUGAGCUGGCUUAUGGAGAGUCUGGUUCCCCUCCCACCAUUCCACCUAAUGCUACUCUUCAAUUUGAUGUGGAGUUGCUUUCUUGGACCAGUGUCAAGGAUAUAUGCAAAGAUGGUGGGAUUUUCAAGAAAGUAUUAGUUGAAGGAGAGAAAUGGGAAAAUCCAAAUGACUUGGAUGAAGUAUUUGUUAAUUACGAAGUUCGACUUGAAGAUGGGACUUUAAUUUCAAAAUCCGAUGGAGUGGAGUUUACUGUUGGGGAUGGCUACUUCUGCCCUGCCUUGGCCAAAGCUGUGAAAACAAUGAAGAAGGGAGAAAAGGUCAUGUUGACAGUGAAACCAAAAUAUGGAUUUGGUGAGGUGGGCGAACCUGCUGUUAAUGGGGAAGGAGCUGUACCUCCUAAUGCCACUCUUCUCAUAACUCUUGAGUUGGUCUCUUGGAAGACUGUUACUGAUAUCUGCAAAAACAGCAGAGUCUUGAAAAAGACUUUGAAGGAGGGCGAGGGAUAUGAGCGCCCUAAUGAUGGGACUGUUGUUCAAGUGAAACUUAUUGGGAAAUUACAUGAUGGAACUGUGUUUACUCGAAAGGGCCAUGAUGAUGAGAAGCCAUACGAGUUCAAAAUCGAUGAAGAGCAAGUUAUCGAUGGUCUUGAUCGAGCUGUAAAGAAUAUGAAGAAAGGGGAAGUUGCUCUGGUGACGAUUCAUCCUGAGUAUGCUUUUGGCUCAUCUGAUUCGUCACAGGAUUUGGCUGUUGUUCCAGCUAAUUCUGUUGUUUAUUAUGAAGUUGAGCUCGUCUCCUUCGUUAAGGGAAAGGAAUCUUGGGAUAUGAACACACAGGAGAAGAUCGAAGCCGCGGGGAAGAAAAAGGAAGAAGGCAAUGCCUUGUUCAAGGCUGGAAAAUAUGAAAGAGCCUCAAAAAGAUAUGAGAAGGCUGUGAGUUUCGUCGAAUAUGAUUCUACCUUCACUGAUGAAGAGAAGCAACAAGCAAAGGUGCUGAAAAUCACAUGUAAUCUUAAUAAUGCUGCCUGUAAACUAAAACUCAAAGAUUAUAAGCAAGCAGAGAAACUUUGCACAAAGGUUUUGGAUCUUGAUAGUAAGAAUGUCAAAGCUCUGUAUAGAAGAGCUCAAGCAUAUAUUCAACUGGUUGAUUUGGAUUUGGCAGAGAUUGAUAUCAAGAAAGCUCUUGAGAUUGACCCAGACAAUAGAGAUGUGAAAAUGGAGUACAAAUUGUUGAAAGAAAAAGUGAGGGAAUACAACAAGAAGGAUGCACAAUUCUACAGCAACAUAUUUGCAAAGAUGAACAAGUUUGAGCAAGUCAAAUCAAAUGGAAAGGAAGAGGCAGUGUCCAUGACCAUUGACAGCAAAGCUUGAUGAUGAUAAUGAUGAUGGUAUAUUCUUAGCAGUUAAUACAAAAUUUGUGCGUGUGGGUUCAUUGAUUGGCAUAUAAUGAAAUGAAAUGAGAGUGGUUUAACUGUAAUGAGUCAAAGCUUGAGUUUUUAGUGUUUAUUUUAAGAGGAUUAGAUGAACAUAAAAUUCUCUUUUUGCCCAAUACUCAUUGUAAUUUUUCUAUAAUAAUAAAUAAUAUAUAGUAACUUUUGAAUUGUUA